AUGAGUGAAGAUAAUAAACCUUCUUCAAAAGUUAAGGACGCUAAAAGUGUAUACGGCUAGCAAUCUCCUGACACUAGAACUAUCUACUUAAACGAUUCAAUUAGGAACGUUCAGUUCAAUUAUAAGUCAAACUAUAUCAGGACGACCAAAUACACCAAGUGGUCUUACUUUCCACUCUGUUUAUUCUAGCAAUUCAAACGUUUCGCAAAUAUUUAUUUCUUCAUUAUCGCAGUGGUACAGUCAAUAUCUAUUAUCUCUCCCUUGAAUCCAGUUACUGCUAUUGCACCACUAGUUUUUGUGGUAGCAGUCUCAAUGGUUAGAGAAGCCAUUGAAGAUUAUAUUCGCUAUCGCUCUGAUAGAGAAACUAACAGUCAAGUUGUUUACACAUUGAGAGAUGGAAAGUUUUAGGAACUCAGGUCAGAUCAAAUUGAAGUAGGAGAUCUCGUAUAUAUCAAAGAAGGAGACAUGUUUCCAGCUGAUUUGAUUAUUUUGGCAUCAAGUAAUGAGGGUGUUGGCUUUAUCUAAACAAGCUCUUUGGAUGGAGAGAAGAACUUGAAAAAGAGAAGCAGACCUAAGGGGAUAGAGAGAUAUAUCUUAAAUACAUUUGAAACAGAUAGAAUUUUGUUUGUGGGAGAAUGUGUGAGUGAAAAUCCGAAUACUGAACUUUAUCAAUAUACUGGGAAAAUUACUAUAUGCGAUGAGGUAUUCAGUCUAAAUGCAAAUCAGCUUUUACUAAAGGGAUCGUCUCUAAAGAAUACCGAUUGGGUCUUGGCAUUUGUUCUCUACACUGGUAAUGACACCAAAUUAAUGAUGAAUUCAUAAGCAGCUACAUUUAAAUAGAGUAAAAUUGAAAAGAGAAUGAACAGACUCGUUCUCUAUAUAGUUAUAGUUCAAAUUAUUCUCUGCUGCAUUCUCGCUAUUAUCGGCUCUUUCUGGUAUAGAAACGAAGAUGAUAAAGCAUAUUAUCUUACAUUUGAGUAUAAUGUUGGUACUAACGGAGUUAUAAGCUUUUUCUCUUACUUCCUCUUGCUAAAUACCCUUCUUCCAAUCUCAUUGAUUGUAUCUUUAGAAGUCGUUAAGGUUAUUCAAGCAUUUUUUAUAGUGAAUGAUGUUAAAAUAUAUUGCGCUGAAAGGGAUAGAUUUGCUAAAGUAUCUUCAACCUCUAUCAUAGAGGAACUAGGUUAGAUAAACUAUAUAUUUUCAGAUAAGACAGGCACUUUAACUAGAAAUGUGAUGGAGUUUAAGCUUAUGCAUGUUGGAGGAGAUUUAUACGGAAAUCCAGCUGAUCUCGAGGUGGUGAAACCAGGUGAUGCCACAAGUCAUGCUCUCUAGAGAUAAGUUACUAGUACUGAUACUAAAAGUGGAAUUGAAUAUGCAUUUAAGUGUGACAAGCUCUAAUAAUUAUUAGCCGGAGAUAAAAAGCAAGACUAUGAGUAGGAUUAUUGGGUGAAAUCACAAAAUGGAAAGGUUUAAUAGCAUUUCACCACUCAGAAGCAAUUAGUGAGUGAGUUUAUUAAGGUUUUGGCCUUAGCCCAUGAGUGCGUACCUGAAUUCGUUACAAAGGAUGAUGGAACAAAGAUAGUAUUCUAUUAAGGUCCAUCACCAGAUGAAGUUACAUUGGUAGACUUUGCAAAGAACCAAGGAUACUUCUUUAAAUAUACAUCAGAUACUGAAAUAAAGCUUGAUGUGACUAUAAAUGGUUCAGAUAAAGAAGUAGUCUACCCAGUUUAUAGAAAAAUGGAGUUCAAUAGUGACAGAAAGAGAAUGAGUAUAAUUUUGAAAGAUCCAUCUGAUGGACUAAUUAAGAUGUACACAAAGGGUGCUGAUAGCAUAAUUAAAAGCAGAUUAGACACUAACUAAAUUGACAAGGUAUCAUUAGGAGAGACAGAGGAUUUCCUCAAUAAAGCAUCUCUUAAAGGUCUUAGAACUUUACUAAUGGCAAUGAAAGUUAUUGAUGAGGAAGAAUACAUAGAAUUUUAGAAGAAGAUAUCUGAAGCUGAAAAAGAUGUCAUGCAAAGAGAUAAAAUGCUUGCAGGUAUUUAUGAUGAGUUUGAGAGAGGAUUAGUGCUGCUAGGAGGUACUGCUGUGGAAGAUAGACUUUAAGACAAUGUCCCAGAGACUAUUAAUGAUCUUUAAGAGGCAGGUAUUAAGAUUUGGAUGCUUACAGGGGAUAAAUUAGAGACAGCAGAAAAUAUUGGAUAUUCUUGCAAGCUUCUUAAGAAUGACAUGACUGUUUGGAAAAUGUCUACUUUGGAGGAUGUAUAGGCAGUAUGCUCAGAUGAGAGAGUCAUUUUAAACAAUCAAAUGCUAAUUGAGUAGAAAAAGCGUGGACUCUUAGUAGAGGCUUAAGCUUUGAACAUUAUACUGGCUAAUUUCAAUUUCAAAAAGAAUUUCGUCAAAAUCGCUAAGUCUUGCGAAGCUGUUAUAUGCUGUCGUGUGUCACCUAGACAAAAAGCAGAUGUAGUUAGAAUUAUUAAAGAUGAUGAUGAUCAAGCUAUUACUCUAGCUAUUGGUGAUGGAGCAAAUGAUGUUAGUAUGAUUUUAGAAGCUCACAUUGGAGUUGGUCUAUAUGGUAAUGAGGGAAUGAGAGCAGUGUAAAGUGGAGAUUUUGCCUUAGGAGAAUUCUAAUUUUUAUGGAGAUUACUCUUAGUUCAUGGCAGAUGGUGCUACCUCAGAAAUGCAGAACUCAUACUAUAUUUCUUUUAUAAGAAUCUAGUUUUCACCAUUCCACAAUUUAUGUUUGCUUAUUUAAACGGCUUCUCUGGUUAAACAUUUUACGAUGAUUACUAUAUUACAUGCUACAAUAUGAUCUUUACAGCAUUACCAUUAAUGGCAAAGGCUGUAUGGGAAUAGGACAUCAAUCCUUAAACUGAUGGAGUAGAUCUUAACCCUUUCCUUCCAAAACUUUACUAUGUUGGACAAAAAAGCACUAUAUUCACCUGGGGCAACUAUUUCAUUUUCGUUAUAAAUGGAUUAGCCCACUCAGUCAUUGUUUUUGUGAUUCCUUACUAUGUUUAUUCUUUUGCAAUUAUUACUAAAAAUGGAACCAACGCAGAUAUGUGGAUAUUCUCAGUCACAUCAUUUAGUUGUGUUAUCUUUAUUGUAACAUUAAAACUAAUGGUCUUUAUGAGAUACUACAGUAAAUGGAACUUUGUUGCCAUAUUUUUACUCUCUCUUACAAUUUAUUAUGCAUUUAUUUGGAUAGCGAAUCUUUUCUCAGUUACAUACACCUAUUAAACUAUGCUUCCUUUACAUAAGGCUCCUCAUUAUUUCCUGACCGUAUUCCUUUGCUGUGGCACUUGCUUUAUUGUUGAUCUUUUCAUAACUGGAUUUAAAUUUAACUUCCUAACCACUCCUACUGACUAUUUAAGAACAAUAGUCAAUUCAGGCAAGAAAAUCGGAGACCAUAAGAAGGAAUUCGAUAAAAUCUUUGCAAAGAUCAAGACAUAUUAUGUUGGAGAAGAUAUGAAACGUGAGCAAGAGCUUGAACAAAGACGCGAAGAGAUAGCAAAACUUCUCGAGAAGCAAGAUCUAUCAAAAAAUCCUUUUAAGGUCAAACCCGAGUAAAUGAAUAAUAACCAUUGA